CACUAUUAACAGCGCAUGCGCACAAAAAUCAAAAUAAUUUUGAAGAAAAAAGUUUUUUAGUUUCGAUAUUUCCUCAUAUUACAUGUCAGUUUUAGUGAUGUUAUUCAGCUGAGCAGUGUGAUGUUCAACCAUGCAAGAGGUGAAAGACAGCCUCCCGUCUGAUUACCCAAUCACAGGGCUGUGUAUUGUCUCCAACCAAUCAAAUUGUCCCCCUGGAUACCAAACUAUAUCCAAGUCCUACGAUAGAGGAGAAGAUGCGGAUCUGUGGAAGGACAGUAUUUUCAAAUCUAAAGUCACACGAUAUUUGUGCACAACUCGCCACUUCCCAUUGGAUUAUGGCCGCCUAAAUAAUGUCCUUGCAGACAUACUGAUUCAGAAUGAAAAAGAUAUAAUCCCUACUGGAUUCACAGAUUUAGGUGUAACAUUAGAUACAAAGGAAAAGAGUAUCAAGAAGAAGAUGAUCUGUGUAAAGAUGCUGCCAAGAGAGGCAACAACACAUGCCAUUUGUGAGCUACUUAUCCUCAGUGGCUCGCGUAGACCCCCUACUGGAUACACACUAGCAGGGGAGCUGAACAACCUGAUGUUAUGUUUUAAAAUGGGUGAAGUUCCCCGAGACACCAAGACCACACCAACCCCCGGGGAGCAUGGAGUUCCUCCCGCUUAUAUGCCAAACAAGAUCAACCAAUCAAGCCCUGGACCUCCCUCUGCACUGCCGUAUGCCUUGAAUCCAGCAUCCCGACCCCAACCCGGCAGUAACCAGUCUCCCCAAGGUGCAAUUCACAAUGGCGACAUCCCCACACGUCCUGUUCCUGUGUCUGAGCGAUGUUUUAGCGGCACUCUUGUCAGACAAGCCAGUAUCCUAACAACACCACUAUCAGGUGUACCUUUUAGUUUGAACCCAAGAUAUACUGACCUACAAAGCUUAACAAAUGUACAUAUUGCAGAACUUGGCUACAGAUCAUUGGUUGAUAUAGAAAAUGAGUAUCAAUAUAAUUUCCGAUUAGAAAGGACAAUAACAACUAGAUCACCAGAUGAUUUGGAAUGACACCUGAUAAACACAUGAAAGCACCUUAUAAACACCUGAAAAACGCCUGAUAAACACCUGAAAAACGCCUGAUCAACAUCAUUUAUUUGAAAGUGUAGACACUUUAAAUCAUCACCAUGAUCCUGUGUGAACAAAAGCUCCGAUAGUGCAUCUGACACUUCUUGGUUAGGUCGGCGUAAAUGGUGUCUGUCAGUAUGGUCUGACCUGUUCACUUAUUUUUAGGAUUUACAAGGAAUUAUAAUUUGGAGAAAAUACUGUUGUGUUUU